UACUGAUAUUUUAGUAAAUUCGUCGUUUUCCAAAACAGAAGUAGUAAGUAUUCUGACCCCUGAAAGGUGGGUUGUUCCCAUCAGAUGGAAUAUUUUGGUUGCAAUCUAGGUUGGCACACACUUGGGAAUGUACCAGAAAACAGUGACCUUUCACCCAUUAAUUCCCUGUGUAACUUUCCAUUUCCUUGCUGUUGAAUGAAUAUAUAGGCACAUCAGUUGCCCUACAUCUAUAUCUGUCACUCUUCUUGUGCAGCUAAGCUAGCUAGCUAGCUUUAGCUUAAGCUCUCAGAUCCAUCUCGGCAAGCUCUCGAACUGAAUGUGAUGAAGAAGAUCAAUUUGCUGCUAAGGAAGUGCAAGAGUCUGUCCAGGCAUCUCGCAAGAACUUCGUCCUACAGUAGCCUGAGGUCCAGGUCUACAAGAGAUGAAGACAUGAACAAUGGUGAUGAUGAACAAUGUGAGACGAUUGUGGUGGGGAGUUCAAGGCGGCGGUACCACAUAAGUUCCAAGCACCUAAGCCAUCCAUUGAUGAACGCUCUGAUUCAGAAGUCGAAGCAGCAGAAGAAGACGAAGAAGAAGAAGGGUGGAGUAAGUGAUGAGGAAGAUGAUGAUGAUCAUCUGUCAGUGAAGUGUGAGGUUGUGCUGUUUGACCACCUCCUAUGGAUGCUUGAAAAUGCAUAUGAUGAAGAUGAUGAUGGCAGCCUCUUCAGCUCUGCUGAAUCUUUGGAGGAACUGGCUGAUCUCUAUGUGGUUUAACGUAGGAUGGAUUUAAAAUUUAAAAUCCCAAAUUCCCUCGCCUUAAUUGCUCCUCCUUUAGACCUAAGUGUAGAUUUCGCCCCUAUGCUAUAUAUUUUUUUUCUUUCAAUUUUGUCUCAUGUUUUUCUUCUGUGAAAAUGUCAAUAAUUUGGUAUAAUAAUUUCAUUUAAUUUAA